AUUAAAUAUUAAAUUGUAAUUAUAUAGGUAGAAGGUAUACUAAUAAUUUUUAUUGUUUAUUGUGAUCUAUGCGAUAGAUAAUAAACCACAAUAUUAUUACCAGCUUGACUAACUAAAAUAUAAAAUCAUUUCAAUUAAUAACUAUUAUAUCGGGGUUACCGCUUAUCAGAUUAAAAAAAAGGUUCAUUGUUUUAAUGCAUAUUUUAUUUAGCUACGACCUCUUUCGAACAAUUUUAGUCCAGACUUAACAUGCCGGCCGAUCAAGGUUUGGGACGCUUGUAGAGUUGUAUACACUGGUUUCGAAAGGCUACAUAGUAUAGGUACCACUUAUAAGCCGACGACGAAAAACUGUAAAGGCUGAUGGUCAAAUCGCGUCGAUAAGCGAAGACGAUGAUUAAAAUUAAUAUAAUAUAUAAUAUUAUUAUCGUCACGAUCAAUAUACAAUAACUCGGCGAGCAGGGACCUUGGCCUUCAGUCGAACCGCCAAAGACUGCGGGCCCGACACGUCCGCGUCAAUGCCACUGCGGGCGCGGAGAAAUGUUUACGAAAAUGACGAAAAAACCAAAAACAAAAACCCAUAUCGCAAUAUAUAAUAAUAAUAUACAUAAACGCGCGAUACGAGUACGAAAUAAAAACAACAAAACGCCGAUAUAUGGUUAUAAGUACGAAAUACUGACACGUAUGUCAUGAUAGCGGUCCGAUAGUGAUCAUCAAAUCUGCAAGUCGUUUACUGGUCUUCGCGAUCAAGUGCAUAACAAUAGUUUAACGCGGUCUCGUGCAACAUAUACACCGCUGUAACCGCGUCCCACUGCAGCGGUCACCGCACUGUAGGUAUAAGAAAUUAAGGCGAGUUUAUAUACCUCGUGAGCAUAUUAUUAUACCUGGGUCCCGGUCGACCCGCAAUGUCCGGUUUCCACGCGGUGGCGUUGGCGAUGGCCGCGGUGGCCGCGGUGGUAUCCGGCCGUGACCAUAGGGUGGUCGGCUUGGACGCGCCGGCGGACGUGGCCGCGUACACGCUGAACGGCCAGAACAUCGAGUGGCCGUGCACGUCCACCAAGAGCGUUUACGCGGACACCGGGCGGUACGUGGCCAAGAACGUGAUCGUCACUAGGGCCCAAGUGUGGGGUGACCGGGCGUUCGUGCUCACGCCCAGGUUCCGGUCCGGCGUGCCGUUCACCGUGUCCACUGUCCGGCUGGAGUGCGAGCACAGGUGCUGGCCGGUGCUGGUGCCGUACCCGUCCUGGGCGCUGCACGACGAGGGCGAUCCGAACGCCAUACAAAAUGCUGUCGACGUGUACUUGGACCCGACCGGCGUGCUGUGGGUGCUCGAUAGCGGGUUGGUCAACACCAUGGAACAGCCUGUCCGCCGGACCCAGCCCAGGAUAUUUGCCAUCGACGUCAAAACCGACAAGGUAGUCAAGCAGAUCGACUUGUCGGGGCUGGUGUGCUCAGCCAGCCGGCUAAACUACAUCACGGCCGACUACGGAGAUGACGGGAGGGUGUUUGUGUACGUGUCGGACGCAGCCACGCGGGCGGUGAUCGUGUGGGAGGUGGCGGCGGACCGUGGCUAUCGGGUGGUGUUGCCGAAGGCGAUCACGCACGACUGCACCGGCCGGCGGGACGUGCUUUAUAUCGCUCUGGCGAGGGGUCUGACUGCGGGCGGCGGCGCCCUGUACCUGACGUACCUGACCAGCAACCGGAUGUACAAGAUUGACGCGUGCAACCUCAGGCAGGGGUGCUCGGAGGGCACCGUCGUCGACCUGGGCCCAAAGCCCGACAAGAUGGUCGUCCUGGGCACGGACGGUCGGACCACCGUGUACUUCCGGUACCGGGGCCAGGGCGACGUGUACGCUUGGGACACAGACCGGCCCGAUGACGGCACUUCAUUCGGCCCCGACAGGUUCGCGCUGGUCCGGAAGGCCGACGACUGCGGCCGGUUGGCCACGCACGUGGCACCCGACAACCAAGGCGGCGUCCUCUGGAUACUCGAGAGCAACUUUCCGGAUUACAUUUCCGGUGCGGUUGGCUGUCUGGGUACCAACGUCCGCUUGCAGCCCCUAGUCGCCCAGUGUGGCGAACAAUGCAGAUAACAGCAGCUACCGGACGACUUCCUGCUCCAGCCACAAUACAUCCAGUUUUUAAUGUUCCGGUAAAACAUUUCACUGCACACUUAGUGUCUCCGUGCGUUUGUAUCUGUAAGAAAUAACAUAUUUUUCAAUUAUAAGCAGUCAUUGCCAUGUUAAAAUAUCUA